UCAGAGAAGCUCUGGAAAAUCGCCUGUUUAUUGCCGUAUUCCGACUUCCCUCUGUCAUGAUGAUCGUGGUCCACACCGAGGACACGCGCUUUUAUAAUUUUAUAAGAUUACAUUUGUUAAAAGCGUCUGUGGAAUCGAUGCUGAUUAGCGACUCUUUGACUUAUGAGACGCGCGGAUCACAACUCCAGUGAAGCCAUGACAAAGUAAGACCUUCAGAUUAAAAGGCUUCAUACAAGAUGGAUGGAUACGCCAAGCAUUUUCCAACAACUACCUAUGGGUGAAAGCUGACGCACUUCAUGGAAAAUCUUCCCUUUGACUAUAUGACCGUCCUUUUCUACAUGUCUAAUGUGCCCUGGUGUUAAUAUGCCGCAAUCAGACUGCAAAUAUGUGAACAACAACCAUCACUACAGCCUCCACAGCGUACCCACUACUGGUAUCAAUGGAAAGAAGCCCAUCAUAACUUUUUUUGACUUUAAGCACAAAAAUGGACCCGAACAUCUGGAGAUCCAUUGGGUUUCCCUGUUGUCAUUUGGCAACCUGCGAAGUAUCUCAAAAGUCAAAGUUGUCAGCUUUCUGUUGGGUUUGACACUGACAUUCUUCAUAAUGGCUUCCUACAUCCUGACGUGGGACAGGAAAGGGUUUUUGGUCGCCCCCGACAUGGAUGUCUCCACAGGCACAAUCGCAGUUUCUUCUGUUUGUUUGGGAAAAAGUUCGAUAGACAUUGAUUUACUGGCAGGGCUGAUUGGGUCCAAAUUGAAAUACACAGCCAGGAAGGUGCCCAAUGAAAAGGAUGUGAUUGGAACAGAACCCCACUUGUUUUCUGUAAUUCCUCGCCAGUUCCUGCCUGGCAUCAAAAGCCCUUGCUGGCAUGAGGAGGUUUCCAGUAAGCUAGCCGCAGAUCCGUACAGGGGCAAUCGCUUCACUUUGCGCUCAAAGAGCUUCCAAGCUGUGUGCGGAUACCUGAGCACAACCUUCCAAAAGAGUGUGUACCUGAAAGACGGCAAACAGUUGCGCCUCCGCUGCUUACCUUAUUUCUACAUCAUCGGCCAACCAAAGUGCGGCACAACGGAUUUGUUCCACAGACUGCUGCUGCAUCCAGACAUCAAGUUCAACACAGUGAAGGAGCCACACUGGUGGACCAGGAAACGUUUUGGUUAUAUCCGUUUCAAAGAUGGCCUCCAGGAAGGCUUCCCAGUGAAUGAUUACCUGGAUCUGUUUGAUUUGGCAGCUCACAAGAUCCAAGAAGGAAUGGUUGGAAACUCAUCUGGAGACCAUCAUGCACUCCAGCUCAUAACAGGUGAAGCUAGUGCAUCCACAAUGUGGGACAACCAGGCCUGGAGCUAUCUCCAUGGAGACAGGGAGGAGACAGAUCCCCCAUUCCUGGCCCAGGACUUCAUCCACGUGGUCCACCCUGGUGCCAAAAUCAUCAUCAUGCUCAGAGAUCCUGUAGAGAGGUUGUAUUCUGAUUACUUGUACUUUAAAAUGGCCAACAAGUCAGCAGAGGACUUCCACCAGAAGGUCUCAGAGUCCGUGCAGUUGUUUGAGUCCUGCCUUUUCGAGAGGCCCAUUCGUUCCUGUGUCUAUAACACCAGCCUGUCCAACGCCAUGCCGUUCCUCACCAUCACUGUUAGCUGACUGAUCUGAUCAUAUAGCAACCCCUGGUUUCCAUGGCAACCAUGAGGUAUUGUAUCUGCACUCCACUGGGAUCAGCGAGGCAAGUCCACAUCACUAACAUGCCACAAGAUACAUUGUUUUCCUAGUUAAUUUAUAAAGUUUGGCAAACUAGCAUGAUUUAACAUUUACCAUUUCCUUGUCAAACAACUCUGUCCAGAAAGCAGAUCCUGGUAACAACAUUCCAACAUUCAGAAAGAGUAAAGGGGAACAGCACCACCUAAUGGAGACCAGCCUCGAUCUUGACUGUGUCAUUUGUUGUUAGCAGUGCAUUGCGUAUUAUAUGCAAUGAUCAACAACAUGUAUGCUGUAUAGUUACAACACACUUUUAAAAUGCAUAUUUGCACAUCUUCAUUUCAAAUUCUGUUGGUUGGCAAAUAAUCAACAAUUCACCCCCCCACCCCCCCACUCCACCAAUCUCUGGGGCCGCCACUGUUUAACAGUUUACAAAAUGAGAGUCACUGUUUUUAUUACUAGUCUGAUGCUUUUAUUAACUCCACAAAUAUGAAAUGUGUCCUCUGAGAGGUUGUAAACAGAUGGUGACCUGCACAGGGAAUUUUAUUAUUAUUUUUUUUUUUCAUUUUGAUGGUUUUAACCAACUUGCAGUGCAGAAUCCCAUCAGACAUCUCCACAUGUAAUCCCAUCAGGUAGUGCUCCCUCAGGAACCAGCUGAGUUAUCAGCUCUGUCAGGUGGUUACUUCUAAUCACGUCACCCGGUUUUGCCGCCUGCAUGUAUCCUUACAGGCUUGUGAGCUCCAAGCCGGUUUGACUUGAAACAUCAGCUUCUGUUUCACUAUUUAUGUAACUCUUCUGUUAUGAAUAAAAUGAAGAUGAGGCCUUUGCAAAUCUGUUAGUGAUUGGGAAUCACAGCAGAAUAUUUUUAAGGAGCAAAGCACGGUGCUGCCCCCUGGAGGACAUACAAUGGCAGUGUAGCUAAAACUUUUCAUCUUUCAACUAAACAUGAACAGAACACUAAUAAACAGUGCUGCACAUGUGUGUCACAUUCAUUUGCAAGACUUUAAUAAUGUAAAGAUGAAUCACUGGCAUUUAUAUGUCACUUCUUCUGUUUUUGCAAAAAAAAAAAAAAAAAA